UGACCCAGUAGCGGUACAGUUUCCCAGCGGAAAUUGAGCCUGUGGUUAGUGCUUCUGCUAGUUCGGCCGUUGUUUCUGAGUUUUGAGAUUCCAUCAGUUGAUAGUGUUUUUAGUUCAGUACUUAAGGAACCCAAGCUGUACCGAGAGCUAUCGUUAGAGAUGUUGCACUUUUUCAGUACCCGCACCGCCAUGAGUUCCACUAAUACCAACGCAUCGGUCGAGCUUAGCAGAGGACUAUCGCUAAUCCACUGGGGUCUUAUGGUGCUAAUGAUCAGUUCUGUGGUGCAGGCGGCAGACCAAAGAUUUUGCGGGAAGCAGCUGGUUGCCAUGUUAUCCUUGUUAUGUGACGAGUUUCCCGAUCUACAUUACGGCGUGAAGAAGUCGAUGGUGGAUUUCGACAAGCUCGACUACCCCGCCGAUAUCGACGGAUGGACGACCUCGUACAACCAGGAUCAAGACACAGUGAAUCCAAACGAUCUUAUCAUUCCGUCGAAUCACGGUGCGACUCAGGAUCAGCAGAAAAAUGUUCCACUUUGGAUGACGAUGGUCUAUCCCCAGAGCUACGGAUUCCGUUCUGCAAAUGGCCGCAAUGAUCUGAUUCCACCCCGAUUCCGGAAGAGUCCGCGUGGUAUUGUUGAUGAGUGCUGCUUGCGGCCGUGCGGGAUGAAACAACUGAUCAAGUACUGCAAAACGAUUGCCUAAAUCAUGCUGCGAUGUUUCUUCGAAACCGAAUCUGAACAACCGUGCUGAAUUAACUUAGACAUUUAAGGAUUACGAAGAGCGGAAACCAUUUCACUUAGGGCUAGUUUGUAUCUCAUACAGGCACAGCCGCGAUUGUGAUAGUUGCUGUGAGCAGUGAUGAACGUUGAUGAGUAGGUCUUUUUAUAUAUACGGAACUAUUAGGAACAUGUUUAGAAGUGAAGAUUUUUAUAUAAUUGUUAUUGUGCCCGCAAAGGUAAAUACAAAUAUUUACACUUGAAAAA